CAGUAGAGCUCCGAGCCAGAGUCCUUCUGAACGAUUGAUUGCUUCGGCUUGGUGACGUAUUUUGUGGGCGUCCGUUGUGGUGUUCUGGUGACGCAUUUGGUGGGCUGCAAUGGCGCCGGUGAGGCUGGCAGCAACAUGGCGGCCUGGUGGUUUUGAGGCGCGUGGUGAAGGGGUUUCCGCGGUCGAGUACAGGAAUAAGAAUGUGAAACAGAAGACAUGGCUGCCUAACCAUCCGCAAGCCUUCGUGGGGAGCGUUCGCGAGGGACAAGGCUUUGCCUUUCGAAGAAAACUGAGAAUACAGCAAAGUUACAAGAAAUUGCUGCGGAAGGAAAAGAAGGUUAAAACGUCACUGGAAUCUCAAUUCACAGAUCGAUACCCAGAUAAUCUGAAACAUCUCUAUUUAGCUGAAGAGGAAAGACUUAGGAAGCAACCGAGAAAAACUGACCAUCUUUUGUCAGAACAAGUUCACCAGCCUUUGCCUGAAGAGCAGUGUAGCAUUGACCAGGCUUUGUUUGAAGAUCAGUGUAGCUUUGACCUGCCUCAGACAGAGGAACAAUGUAGUAAAACAGUAAACUACUUUACAAUUCCAAAGAAAAAUAAAAAGAAAACAUCGAAUCAAAAAGCACAAGAAGAAUAUGAACAGGUACAAGCUAAACGUGCUGCUAAGAAACAAGAAUUCGAGAGGAGAAAACAGGAGAGAGAAGAAGCCCAAAGGCGGUACAAAAAAAAGAAAAUGGAAGUAUUUAAAAUAUUGAACAAAAAGACUAAAAAGGGCCAACCAAACUUGAAUGUACAAAUGGAGUACCUUCUUCAAAAAAUACAGGAAAAAAGUUAAACAUUUUGUUCUUACAGGUUAAAAUAUCUGCUGCCUGUUAGGUUCUUCUAUGACAAGUGCCUCCCUGCAGUGAACUAAAUUUGUCAACAUAAACUGGAUUGCUAAACUAUGCUAAAUAUAAAAUGUUCACAUAUUUUUAUUAAUGGUAAAAAUUUUUCUAAAUAUGUUCUACAUAUGUUUCUUAUUUAUUUGCCUCUGAAGGAAGGUUGGCCUGAAGAACUGAAAGAACCUCCUAUUUGUAAGACAAGUCCAAACGUAAUACUUUUGUACCAUAUGAGACUUAUAUGAAAUAAAAUUUUUAAAAAAUAAGGAA